UCUGUUCAGACUAUGGAAAUUUUAUCUGUAUUUUUAUGUAUUUCCUUUUUUCUUUCAUUGAUUACAGCUGCCAUCAUAGACAACACAGUACCCAGGACAGAUGCUGACGGGAAUCUAAUGGAUGUCCAUGAUGGGAAUGUUGAGAGAUGGGAAGAGAACAACCUUUUCCAUUGGUACGGGAUGGGCUACCAGGAUUGUGAGCUUGAGAAAGGAAUUAUACCGCCAAGAAAUUGUCCCGGAAUCUAUUCUGAGUUUGGAAGAUGCGGGUUUAGAAAUGAUCAUGCUGUAAACCUUUACACUUCUCCAGACCUACACAACUGGACAUUUGUUGCUGAUAUCUUUCCUGUAGAAAGUAGACCAGAAGGAAUAUACUUUAGACCCAAAGUGAUUUUCAACAAAAAGAACAAGGAGUAUGUGCUGUGGAUCAAUUAUCUUGCGCCGGCAAGCUCCCCUCUGGCAUCUUAUCCUGAUGCCAGAUUGAUGGUGGCUGUCUCCCCUUCCCCAUCUGGACCUUUUACAAUUGUAACAGAAAAGGCUGGUAUUGAAGAAAGUGGAGGAGGAGAUUUUAAUCUCAUGAUCGACCCUAAUGAUGAAAAUGCAGCAGCUUACAUUGCAUAUGAUGCUUGGGGUAAUAAUCAUGCUUUAGUGAUUGAACAACUGACACCAAACUACUAUGAUGCUCUGGGAUCUUUAGCUAGCACAGGAUCAAUAUCUCCUAUAAACAAUGAAGCUCCCAUUCUCUUUGAGAGGUCUGGUUGGUACUACCUGCUGUACGGACAUACAUGCUGCUUUUGUGAGCAGGGAAGCGGGGCAGAGGUUUGGGUUUCCCAGCAUCCACUUGGACCUUGGAUAAACAUGCAUACAGACAUCAACCCUGGGUUUCUAGGGGUCAGGGAUAUCAAAGCUCAAUGCAACUAUGUGAUAACCCUGCAGCUUGCUGAUGAGGAACCAGAGUACCUGUACACUGGAGAUCUGUGGUCGUCUUCUCCUGAUAAUCUGAAAUCUCAUGAUAUUCAAUACUGGUCUCCACCAUUACAGUUUGAUGAUACUGUUAGCCCACCCGCAAUCCUUCCAAUGCAAUUUGUGGAGAGGUUCACACUUCAUGUUUAAUUUGCUGAACCUCCAUCUUGGAAUUUGUUGAUUAGGUGUCUCAAAGCAUACAAUAGAUAGAACAGAUUAAUGCUAAUGUCUGUUACAGAAUCGUGGGAAGGCAAGAUGAUAAGCAUUUCAGAGAUGAAAAAUAAUUUAUUUUUGCACACAGCAAAUUCGACAAAAUGUCAUUUUAGCGUUAAAUCUUCGUUUUUAAUUUGGUUUUAAUUUUACUGUUACAUAUUAAACAAUCUACAUUCAUAUUUGUACAAUAUACAUUUGAAGAAUACAUAGAAUUUCUUAAGACAUAA